AUGCGGGCGCCACUCUGCCUCUUGCUGCUUGUCGCCCACGCCGUGGACAUGCUCCCCCUGAACCGAAGGAAGAAGCAAGCGGGCACUGGUCUGGGGGGCAACUGCACGGGCUGUGUUAUCUGCUCAGAGGAGAACGGCUGCUCAACCUGCCAACAGAAGCUCUUCCUGUUCAUCCGUCGGGAAGGUAUCCGCCAGUACGGCAAGUGUGUGCACGACUGUCCCCCCGGCUACUUCGGCGUCCGAGGCCAGGAAGUCAACAGGUGCAAAAAAUGCGGAGCCACAUGUGAAAGCUGCUUCAGCCAGGACUUCUGCAUCCAGUGCAAGAGGCGGUUUUACCUGUACAAGGGAAAGUGUCUGCCCACCUGCCCGCCAGGCACUGCGGCCCAGCAGAGCACACGGGAGUGCCAGGAGGAGUGUGAGCUGAGCCCCUGGGGCAGCUGGAGCCCUUGUACACACAACGGGAAGACCUGCGGCUCGGCCUGGGGCCUGGAGACCCGCGUGCGGGAGACCGGCCGGGCCGGGCGGGAGGAGGCAGCCACCUGCCAGGUGCUGUCUGAGUCAAGGAAAUGCCCCAUCCGGAGGCCCUGCCCAGGAGAGAGAAACCCCAAUCGGAAGAAGGGCCAGAGAGAGCGGCGCCCGCGCAAGGACCGGAAGCUGGACGGCAGGGGGGAUGGGAGGCCCCGGCCAGCGCCCACCUAG